GAAAGAAGGAAAUAAAAGUUCAAAAAAGAGAAGUGGCUCAUAUAAGGAAUAACAGAGAUCCUGUUUAUUUAGCCAGGCAAGGUUUUGUUUGCACAACACAGAUUUAUUAAAAACAGAGGACUGUGGAAAACUGAAAUUUAUCAAGCAUGGCUCAAUGAGUUCCAUCAAAGUACCCAUAUUAACAUGAAGAUCAACAAAGUCACUCACUAAAUUUAAGACACAGAUGAAAAUCUUAAUGAAACCCUGUCCUAGCUAGUUUUAAUCUCAGCUUUAUUCCCUGAGCAACUUGCUGCUCACAUUCUCUGUGUUUAUCUGAACAGAGCUAAUACUCUCCCCAUCCUUUUUCAGAGGCUCUCUUUUUAACAUCCACACUGAGAUAAGAUUUGUGCCCCUUCUCUUUUCUAUUCAGGUUGCUAUUCCAUGCUCACCACUUUGGUACCUGAGCAUUAUGUGGGGUCUCCACUUACUUUGUUCUUCUGUGCUGUUUGUCCCGGGGUUGUGAGUGAGGGUUGCUGAGAAUGGCCAGGACCAAGCAGACCGCCCGUAAAUCCACCGGUGGCAAAGCCCCCUGUAAGCAGCUGGCCACUAAAGCUGCCCAGAAGAGCGCUCCUGCAACCGGGGGAGUUAAGAAGCUUUAUCGUUACCGGCCCGGCACUGUUGCCCUGCAAGAGAUCCGCCACUACCAGAAAUCCACUGAGCUGCUCAUCCGCAAGCUGCCCUUCCAGUGCCUGGUGCGUGAAAUCGCCCAGGACUUCAAGACCGACUUGCGCUUCCAGAGCUCGGGCGUUAUGGCCCUGCAAGAGGCCAGCAAAGCCUACUUGGUGGGGCUCUUUGAGGAUACCAACCUGUGCGCUAUUCACACCAAGAGAGUCGCUAUCAUGCCCAAGGACAUUAAGUUAGCCCGGCAUAUCCGAGGUGAGAGAGCUUAAAAGCUUCCUUACACCCACCAGUUUUUGGCAACUAGAAAACUAUUACCAAAGAUCCACCAUCAUCACCCUCCUGCGGAGAACAUUCCAAAUGCAGGAUUUGG